AUGAGGUUGGGAGAUGACGCUGCCUUCUACAACUACCACAGAAUGAACAAAGAUUUUGAUUAUCUCUUGACCAGGAUGAGAAGGGCUAUUCCACCAGAACAGAGAUUAUCAGUCACAUUGAGGCACUUGGCCACAGGUGAAUCAAAACAUCCCUGGGAUAUUCCUACAGGAUCAGCCCAAACCUCCUUUCAAGUGUCGUUCCUGAGGUGUGUGAGGCCUUAUAUGCCAGCUCUGCAACCGUUAUAUAUGAAAAUGCCUACAAAUGAAGAGGAAUGGCUUCGCAUCCAAGCAGAAUUUCAUUCUCUCUGGCAGUUUCCAAAUUGCUGUGGUGCUUUAGAUGGGAAGAGAGUUCUUAUAGCCAAACCUCCAAAAUCAGGUUCAACAUAUUAUGACUACAAAUGUCAUUUCAGCUCCCCAUGGCUUCUUGCCCUUGUCGAUGCGAAGCUGAGAUUCAUUUAUGUAGAUGUUGGUAGUGCAGGACGUGCCAGUGAUGGAUGUAUGGGAGAAAUGCUCUUUGAAAAGGGCACUUGA